AUGGCCACAUAUCAACCAUACACAGAAUAUUCUUCCGUUACAGGAGGUGGUUUCGAAAGUACAGAAUCUAGACCUACCACAACUGAUUCAGGUUCAGGGAACCGUUCUACUACGCUUACACCAGUGACCAUAAAACAAAUUUUAAACUCUACUCAAGAAAUCCAGGACGGCCCGUUUGUGUCUCAUGGUCAGGAAUUACAUCAUGUCAGUUUUGUUGGUGUUAUAAGAAACAUCACUGAUCAUACAUCUAAUAUUUUUGUCACCAUUGAGGAUGGUACUGGACAAAUUGAAGUAAGAAAAUGGAGUGAUGAUGCAAACGAUAUGACUACUAGUCAGGAGGAUAGUGAACAAACAGAAAGUUCACAAAUCGCCCAACAGUAUCAAAUUGGUACCUAUGUGAAAGUAUAUGGUGCUUUGAAAGAAUUUGGUGGUAAGAAAAAUAUUCAAUAUGCUGUUAUUAAGAAUAUAGAAUCCUUUAAUGAUGUGUUAUCCCAUCAUUUGGAUGCUAUUAAAUGGCAUGCGGUAGCUACAGGUAAAGUUCCUGAUCCAUCCACCACAGGCGAUUCUCAAAGUGUCGGAGGUAACGGUAGUGCAACAAGUGGACAAUCGUUGUUUGUCACGGAAAAUUCAGGAUCGAAUAAUAAUGGAGGCGAUGUCAGAGAAAAUGUUCUUAACUUUAUUAAGGAACAAUGUGUAGGUAAAGAUGCAAAUCAAUUUGCCGUACCUAUCCAAUUAAUCGCCCAAACUUUAAAUAUAGACGAGGCCAUUGCUAGACAAUCUUGUACUACAUUGACAGAUCAAGGUACUAUUUAUCCAACAUUCGAUGAUAACCAUUAUUUUGCUCUAUAA